GGGAAGCCAGCUAGCGAGUGGCGGCGACGGCGGCGGCGGUGGCAGUUCGUAGAGAGGGCGACUGCUCCGAGGCCGGGCGGCGAUCGGGCGGACACCUCGGUUCCUUUCUUCGCAUGAUCCUCUUGUCUUAGUGAUCAGCCUUUGUACCUUUUCCACAUUUGACGAUGGUGAAGUUAGAUAUUCAUACUCUGGCCCAUCACCUCAAGCAGGAGCGCUUAUAUGUGAACUCUGAGAAACAGCUCAUUCAGAGGCUCAAUGCAGAUGUACUUAAGACAGCUGAAAAGUUGUAUCGUACAGCAUGGAUUGCUAAGCAACAGAGAAUUAAUUUGGAUCGACUUAUCAUAACCAGUGCUGAAGCUUCCCCUGCUGAAUGUUGCCAACAUGCCAAGAUUUUGGAAGAUACACAGUUUGUUGAUGGAUAUAAGCAAUUGGGAUUUCAGGAGACUGCUUAUGGAGAAUUCUUGAGUCGAUUAAGGGAAAAUCCUCGUCUUAUUGCCUCCUCUCUGGUUGCUGGAGAGAAACUUAAUCAGGAGAACACACAAAGUGUUAUAUACACAGUUUUUACCUCCCUCUAUGGCAAUUGCAUUAUGCAAGAAGAUGAAAGCUACCUCCUUCAGGUUUUGAGAUACUUGAUUGAAUUUGAACUUAAAGAAAGUGACAACCCCAGGCGACUUUUGAGGAGAGGAACUUGUGCCUUCAGCAUCUUAUUUAAACUUUUUUCUGAAGGACUGUUUUCUGCCAAACUUUUCCUCACAGCUACUUUACAUGAGCCAAUCAUGCAACUGCUUGUGGAAGAUGAAGAUCAUCUGGAAACAGAUCCAAAUAAACUAAUUGAGAGAUUCUCCCCAUCUCAGCAGGAAAAACUCUUUGGAGAGAAAGGCUCAGAUAGAUUCAGGCAAAAGGUUCAAGAGAUGGUGGAUUCCAAUGAGGCCAAACUAGUGACUUUGGUGAACAAAUUUAUUGGUUAUCUCAAACAGAACACAUACUGCUUUCCACAUAGUUUGAGGUGGAUCGUGUCACAGAUGUACAAAACCCUCUCCUGUGUAGAUAGACUGGAAGUUGGGGAGGUCAGGGCAAUGUGCACUGAUCUCCUGUUGGCCUGCUUCAUUUGCCCUGCAGUUGUCAAUCCAGAACAGUACGGAAUAAUUUCUGACGCUCCUAUUAAUGAGGUGGCAAGAUUCAAUCUGAUGCAGGUUGGCCGCCUGUUGCAGCAGUUAGCAAUGACUGGCUCUGAAGAGGGGGAUCCCCGGACAAAGGGCAGUCUUGGAAAAUUUGACAAAAGCUGUGUUGCUGCUUUCCUUGAUGUUGUGAUUGGGGGCCGUGCAGUGGAAACCCCUCCAAUGUCCUCUGUUAAUCUUCUGGAAGGAUUGAGCAGAACUGUGGUUUAUAUAACCUACAGUCAGCUUAUUACUCUGGUGAAUUUUAUGAAGAGUGUGAUGUCUGGAGACCAACUGAGAGAAGAUAGAAUGGCUCUUGACAAUUUAUUGGCUAACCUACCCCAGGCAAAGCCAGGGAAAAGCAGCAGUUUGGAAAUGACUCCCUACAAUACUCCUCAGUUGUCUCCAGCAACCACUCCAGCAAAUAAAAAGAAUCGAUUGCCUAUAGCAACUCGGAGCAGAAGCCGCACCAAUGUGCUAAUGGACUUACAUAUGGACCAUGAAGGAUCAUCUCAAGAAACCAUCCCAGAGGUGCAGCCUGAGGAAGUGCUGGUCAUUUCCUUAGGGACAGGUCCCCAGCUUACUCCAGGGAUGAUGUCAGAAAAUGAGGUCCUAAACAUGCAACUUUCGGAUGGAGGACAAGGAGAUGUCCCUGUCGAUGAAAACAAACUCCACGGUAAACCUGAUAAAACCUUGCGCUUUUCCCUCUGCAGUGAUAAUCUGGAAGGAAUAUCUGAAGGUCCUUCCAAUCGCUCCAAUUCAGUGUCCUCUCUUGACCUGGAAGGAGAGUCUGUGUCGGAACUGGGAGCAGGACCUUCGGGGAGUAACGGGGCUGACGCUCUGCAGCUACUGGAGCAUGAGCAAGCCACAACACAGGAUAAUCUCGAUGAUAAGCUGAGGAAGUUUGAAAUCCGUGACAUGAUGGGACUGACGGAUGAUAGGGACAUAUCAGAAACAGUGAGUGAGACCUGGAGCACAGAUGUCUUGGGAAGUGAUUUUGACCCUAACAUUGACGAAGAUCGUUUGCAAGAAAUUGCAGGUGCAGCAGCAGAGAACAUGUUAGGCAGUUUACUGUGCCUGCCAGGGUCAGGGUCAGUGCUUCUUGACCCCUGCACUGGUUCUACCAUAUCAGAGACAACAAGCGAAGCUUGGAGUGUAGAGGUUUUGCCAAGUGACUCAGAGGCCCCCGAUCUAAAGCAGGAGGAGCGUCUGCAGGAAUUGGAGAGCUGUUCGGGACUGGGUAGCACAUCUGAUGAUACGGAUGUCAGGGAGGUCAGUUCCCGCCCCAGCACACCAGGCCUCAGUGUUGUGUCGGGCAUAAGUGCAACCUCUGAGGAUAUUCCCAAUAAGAUUGAAGACCUGAGAUCUGAGUGCAGCUCUGACUUUGGGGGUAAAGAUUCUGUCACUAGUCCAGACAUGGAUGAAGUAACUCAUGGCGCCCACCACCUGACCUCUCCCCCUUCUCAAUCAGAGUCUCUGCUCGCCAUGUUUGACCCACUGUCUUCACAUGAAGGGGCUUCUGCUGUGGUGAGGCCAAAAGUGCACUAUGCCAGGCCUUCGCAUCCACCACCAGACCCUCCGAUCCUGGAAGGAGCUGUGGGAGGAAAUGAGGCCAGGCUGCCAAACUUUGGUUCCCAUGGUUUAACUCCAGCCGAAAUGGAGGCAUUCAAGCAGCGGCAUUCUUACCCUGAGAGAUUAGUUCGCAGCAGGAGCUCUGACAUAGUAUCUUCCGCCCGGAGACCCAUGAGUGACCCCAGCUGGAACCGCCGCCCAGGGAAUGAAGAGCGAGAGCUCCCUCCAGCCGCAGCCAUUGGUGCUACCUCUUUGGUGGCUGCACCUCAUUCGUCCUCUUCAUCCCCGAGUAAGGACUCCUCAAGAGGAGAGACUGAAGAACGCAAAGAUAGCGAUGAUGAGAAAUCAGACAGGAACAGACCUUGGUGGAGAAAACGUUUUGUUUCUGCCAUGCCUAAAGCUCCCAUACCAUUUAGAAAGAAAGAAAAACAAGAAAAAGACAAAGAUGAGCUGGGGCCUGACAGAUUCUCAACACUCACAGAUGAUCCCAGCCCUAGACUCAGUGCACAAGCUCAGGCCGCUGAGGACAUUCUGGACAAAUACAGGAACGCCAUUAAGCGAACCAGCCCCAGUGAAGGAGCAAUGGCCAACUAUGACAAUGCAGGUGAUAACCGUGAGGCUAUGGGUGACGGGGAAAGUGCACACGAUUCUCCUCGAGAUGAAGCACUGCAAAACAUCUCAGCCGAUGACCUCCCGGACUCCGCGAGCCAAGUGGCCCACCCUCAGGACUCAGCCUACUCUUACAGAGAUGCAAAAAAGAAACUGAGGCUUGCUCUUUGCUCUGCGGAUUCAGUUGCUUUCCCAGUGCUAAGCCAUUCAACAAGGAAUGGCUUACCAGACCACACAGACCCAGAAGAGAAUGAAAUUGUAUGCUUCUUAAAAGUUCAAAUAGCCGAAGCAAUUAAUUUACAAGAUAAGAACUUAAUGGCUCAGCUGCAGGAAACAAUGCGUUGUGUGUGCCGCUUUGAUAACAGGACUUGCAGGAAGCUGCUGGCCUCUAUCGCCGAGGACUACAGGAAAAGGGCCCCCUACAUUGCUUACCUCACCCGCUGUCGGCAAGGACUGCAGACCACGCAGGCUCACCUGGAAAGGCUGCUGCAGAGGGUGCUGCGGGACAAGGAGGUGGCCAACCGAUACUUCACCACCGUCUGUGUGAGGUUGCUGCUUGAGAGCAAAGAAAAGAAGAUCAGGGAGUUCAUUCAAGACUUUCAGAAACUCACAGCAGCUGAUGAUAAAACUGCUCAGGUAGAAGACUUCCUGCAGUUCCUCUACGGUGCAAUGGCCCAGGACGUCAUCUGGCAAAAUGCGAGCGAGGAGCAGCUUCAGGACGCGCAGCUGGCCAUCGAGCGAAGCGUGAUGAAUCGCAUUUUCAAGCUUGCUUUCUACCCCAAUCAGGAUGGGGACAUACUCCGUGACCAGGUUCUUCAUGAACAUAUCCAGAGAUUGUCGAAAGUGGUGACUGCCAACCACAGAGCGCUUCAGAUCCCGGAGGUUUAUCUUCGGGAGGCGCCGUGGCCAUCUGCGCAGUCGGAGAUCAGAACCAUCAGCGCUUACAAGACCCCGCGGGACAAGGUGCAGUGCAUCCUGAGGAUGUGCUCCACCAUCAUGAACCUGCUGAGCCUGGCCAACGAGGACUCUGUCCCCGGGGCGGACGACUUCGUCCCGGUGCUGGUGUUUGUGCUGAUAAAGGCAAACCCACCCUGUUUGCUGUCCACGGUCCAGUAUAUCAGUAGCUUCUAUGCCAGCUGUCUGUCCGGAGAGGAGUCCUACUGGUGGAUGCAGUUCACAGCAGCGGUGGAAUUCAUUAAAACUAUCGAUGACCGAAAGUGACCAGGACCCAGGCCACCCAGGCAGCAGACUGUUCGGCCGGCGAACCGGCCUCUAGGAAAAUGUGCCAGCUGCUCUGCAGGCGGGAGCUUGUUUUGUAUCAUAUUGUACAGCAUUCAGACAUUUUAAAACAGAUCUUUACUAAACAGAUUAAUGCACUAACUAGCAGGUUCUCUUUCCUUUGGGCUCUUCCUUUCUGAACUGCAUAUUAUCCUUUCUUGUCCCCAGGUAGAGAAUAGUGCUGUAAAAAGGGACCACAUUUUUCAGGUAUUUGAAAUACUAAACCUCCUAGAAACAAAGCAGAACCUCCUACAACGUUUUUAGAUCUCCGUUCCUGGAUACCCAUUCUUUCCUUUUACUGAACAAAAAAGAGCAGUGCACCCCUUUCAGGAUGCUGUGCGCCCCUGUAGGGGUCCAUGGAGGGAAUGGGCGCUGCCCUGAGGAUUAAAGGUGACAUCGUGGCAUUAUCUAUAAAUACACUCACCUAAAUUGAAAGCUAAGAAGGAAAUGUAAAUAUAAUAUAUAUUUAUAUUUGAUGUAAUAUGGACAUCUUCAGAUUCUAAUAAACAAGGAAUAUUGCUGAUAGUA